CAAGAGAUUUCAGAGUGCAAGUCCUCUUAUGCAUUUAGAAAGAGUAAUUAGGUCUUCCUCGGUUAAACUCAAGAUUCUUAAAAAAAUGAAAAGGUGGAUGUCUAUCCUUUCUGUUAAAUGUAACACAGUAUUAGAGAUAACAUAUGCAGAGAUGAUUCAACGAACAACACAAAAGCAAACUGACACCUUUACAUCAAGCCUGAACCCAUGGGACUGAAUUAAAGCUUCAAAUGGUAUUUCUUCAGGUAUACUGCACUGCAAUUUGAUUUCAAUGAUUUACAACCAAGGAAUAUCAAGCUCAUAAGUUUGAGAAAAAUAAUCAUUUUGAAAUUACCAGCAGCAGCAGUGAAAGGAUAGUCUGUCCUACUACACAAGCCAGGACUAAAACAAUGGCUAUGAAACCAGAACAAGGACUUCUGACAGUCAAAGUUGAGCAAAAAUACCUGCUAGGGGUCGACACUAAAACAAAGCUGCAACAGCUUGGGGCUAUUUGUGUAGAUAAGAUAAUUGAAAAAGAUCACUACUAUGACACUGACACAUAUGCAUUGGCUUUGAAUCAGAUCUGGCUUCGUCAAAGAAAUGCGCAGUGGUAUCUCAUAGUAUGUGACAUGAGGUCUACUAAAAAAGGCACGCAGGAAAGUCUGAGAGACAAUAAGCAUGUGUCAAAAGAAGAUUGUGCAAUCCCAGUAGAAGAAUUAGGAUUCAGUGGUAGAAAAUCCGGUCUGAAUCACGGAUUUGUGGAUGCGAAGCAUCAGCAUGAAUACAUUUCUAGAAUAAGCACUAAGAAAAUGGGUGUAAGCCAGAACUCAACAUCAGAUGAAUCCAGUGAACUCCAGCCUGACAAAAGUAGGCAAACAAAACAACUGAAAACUAAAGGUAACAGCAAUAAGGAAGGACCAAAUGUGCAGUACCAUUCCGGGUACAAAGAGCUGUGCACAGUGGAAGAAAUAAUCUCGUAUCUCGCAGAAUUCCUUCACAUUGCUUUGACAGCUGAUGAAGAAGCAACCAUGACUAUGGAAGCCUUCAUGCAGCUAGCUGGAAUUCGACAUUAUGCCAGCUGGCAUGCUAUCAAACGAAUCACAUACAAACUGCAAGGCAUCUACACAAUUAUCACAGAAAUGGAUGAGCUAGCUGCAAAAGAAAUGGCUACUAUAUCAAUGGAUGCCAGCAUUACACACAUAGGCAGAGAUUUUGACCAAAUGGGAAAGCUUGCAGCUGAACUGGGGUUUGAAAGCUACACAAUAGGUUAGGAAGAGACAGCAAUAUGACAAUGUAAGACUUUGGGCUUUUGGGAUAAAUCAAUUUUACACUGUGUGAUAAGUGCACCCUCCUUUGUCAGUCUCAGAUCACUAAUACAACUUGGUAAUACAGUGACUACACAGCAUAGUCCUAGAAAACUAAAUUAAUGAUUCGGUGCCAAUAAAAUUCAAAGUUCCAAAGUCUUAUCAAGUGAAUUUAUCUUAUAUUUUACACAGCAUUUUAUCAGUGCUUAGUCAAAGGAAGUGGACAGUCAGUAACCACAUUGGCAGAAUAUAUUUUAGAUUGAGGAGCAGAGCCUCAUAUUAUAAUGAAAUACUGCAUUUUCCUGGCAUAAUCAUUCACAUAAAUGUAGGGCUACUAAAGUUAAACACUUUUGAAUCCAAAUAUUUAGCAGCUACAGUGGUGUACACAGUUAGCAUUACAGCAUCACAACCCUUGGUUCUUGGAUUUAAUUUCUGGUAAAGGUAGCAUCUGUUUGAGGUGUUUUUCACUGGGUGAUCUGUUUUCCUCUCACUGCCUACAGGUGUGUAAGUGUAUGUAAAUAAGCAUGUGUGCACACGUGCAUGUGAGUGCAAGUGUGUGUCUCUGUGUGUGCACGUGCACACUCCUGUGUCCUCUAUGGACUGGCAUCUUAUCCAGAACUGGUUCUCUGAACAAUGAGUGCCAGGUUAAGGGGCAGAUGUACAGUAACCCUAACAAAGAUGAAAAUGUAUUGAAUAUCAAUAAAUGCAUGAAUCCAAAGGUUUUAUAAAAAAUAAAGUAGGAAAUUGCAAAAGGGGUAAACAUGUUUCCACAUUUAUUCCAAGUAUCUGCUGAGCCAGUUUAUGAAAGUUCUGCUAGUAGAAGAUUCUUUGAAAGUAAUAGAGACAUCAUCUCAAUUCACAUGGUAUCAUUUCAUACUGCUUUACCCAUGGCAGUGCCUAUUUACAGGCUAUCCUACCAGACUGGGGGUUAAACAUCCAAUUAUCUUGCAGGUAGGUAGGCACAUCAGCUGGAUCUUCCACAUUUUAUGACUACACAAAAUCUGACUUUUCAGAUUUCUAGAGAUAGACGCCCAAAAAUUAUUAUUUUUUUAAGAUUUGUAGGGGGUAGUGGUCCAACUAAUUGUCAAAUUGCCAUGCCUACUAUAAAUUUCUGCUGCGCCACUUUUUCAGAGGAAAAGUGCACAAGGAAGCAUUUCAAUUUUCAAUACUUUAUUUUGUAAAAACAGGAAAAUACAUGCACAUUACUGAAUCAUCAAGAUUCUUCUAGUAAUUACACAACAUUUUAGAACAUACAAAAAAAGCCCUUUUUUCAGACAAAUUACUUUAAAUAAAAGAAUAACAUAAUGAUGUACCAAAUCAAACAGGUAAAAGAAGAAAAGAAUGUUUUCAUAGUUUAUCUGAAGUUAGUUGUAGGCUUUUUAUCCAGUAUAGAAAUAGGAAAAGCAAUGACAUGCUAGACAAGCCAUUUUUGUAGGGCCAUUUAGUAUGGACAGCUGUCCAUGGACAUAGUAAGACCUCUCCAACUAAGGCUUUCAUCCUAUCUUUUAAACAGUAUAUUAACAUUGUCCUGUUCAAUUCUCAGCUAGAGUGUCUUCUGUGUGGAGACAUGCAUGAAUGGGCGUA